GCUAUCACCCGUGUUUGCUCUCACCAUCCAUUCAGCUCAGACUCGAUUCUCGCGGCACCUCUAAAAACGGCAUCCAGUUCACUACGAGGUAUUAGCUAGGCGCACCUCUCCUCCAUUGGUUGUGCUGACUUCAUCCAACGGCCUGCGAAUUAUUUGUCGCAAUUUGCAGCUCCCCAAAUAUAUUACGACCUCUUUAACGAUAACCGAUACCACUCCUUUCACACAUUAAAGACGAGAUAACUCGAAAUCCCGGCUGGGACGCAUACUACAUAUGGAAACAUGCUAAAGCGGGAUUUUGAAGUAUUAGAACCAUUAAACCACGGAGUUCAGAAUGACGCCGUGCAGAUGAGGCAACCUUUGAGUCUCUGCAUUCUGAGACCAAAGCCAGAGCCCACGGAUGCAUACACGACGGCGGCAUCUCCAAUCAGGGAAGGGACUGAUGCCUUCCCGGAUUCUCACGAGAAUGACCAACUGGAUUCGAACGCUCAAUGUUCUUCCGAUCAGUCAUUUAAAGCUGAGCAAUGCACUCCUGUGAGUUCUUCGGACGAACGUUGUAAACCCACAAUUGGGGUAUCGGAUCCACUUCACGUUCCUGACCAAGAACCCCGCGACCAUACGUGUAUGCAUUGUGACAAAUCAUUUGCCGAGAAGAGUCAUUUGGAACGCCACAUCAACUCUGUACAUUUGAAUCAUCGCCCCUAUUUAUGUGAACUCUGCGACAAAUCGUUUGCUGCUAAACGCAUUUUGCGAAGACAUGUCGACUUCGUACAUUUUGCACUGCGCCCUUGUGUAUGUGAACAGUGUGGUAAAUCGUUUUCUGGAAUGAGCAAUUUGCGAGUACAUCUCAACUCCGUACAUCUGAAACUUCGACCCUUUAAAUGCGAACACUGUGGUGCAUCGUUUCCUCGGAAUGACCAUUUGCAAACGCACAUCAAUUAUGCUCACACAGCAAUACGCCCUUAUGCAUGUGAGCCGUGUGGUAAAUCGUUUUGUCGGAUGCGCAAUAUGCGAAUACAUCUGAACUCCGUACAUCUGAAUCAGCGCUCCUAUUCAUGUGAACUCUGCGACAGAUCGUUUGCUGCGAAACACACUUUACGAACACAUAUCGAAUCCGUUCACUUUGCCCAGCGUCCCUAUACAUGUGAACAAUGUGGUAAAUCGUUUUCUCAGAAGAUUCAUAUGCAAAUGCAUCUCAAGGCAGUUCAUCUGACACUGCGCCCUUAUACAUGUGAAAAGUGUGGUAACUCGUUUUCUCGGAUGAGCACUAUGAGAAACCAUCUCAAUUCCGUACAUCUGACACUGCGCCUCCAUACGUGUGAACAGUGUGGUAAAUCGUUUUCUCGGAUAAGUAGUAUGCGAUUACAUCUCAAAUCCGUACAUCUGAAUGAGCGCCCCCAUGCAUGUGAACUCUGUGCAAAGUCGUUUACCGAGAAGAGCAAUUUACGAAAGCACGUCAAAUCUGUUCAUUCUGAACAACGCUCUUUUAAAUGUGAACAGUGUGGUGCAUCGUUUAGUUGGAAUGAGAGUUUGCGAAGGCAUAUUAAAUGUGCUCACUCGGGUAUGCAUUGA